UAUGACUGCCAGCCCACCAAGCAGAAAGUUCGAAGCAAAAACAAAACUUUACGAUUCUUUGUAAUAAUUCUCUUCUCUGAUAAUGCCUUAUUUUGCUUUUCUCCCACUGAAAACGAGAUUCUCUGUGUAUUGUUAGUGUAAGUUUUUCCUUCUACCUUCUUUCUCCUUCUUUAUGCCAUUUCUUUUGUUGCUUCGUAUAUUUUAAUCUUCUUUUUCUAGUGGGCCGCUCUUAUAAAAAUGGCUGACGUUUUAAUCAAGCAAAGGUGGCUGCGCGGGAUCCACCUGGGGCAGGUAAGGGGGUUGUUUGCUGCUCCCCAGGGGAUGAUUAUUUCCUGUCAGCCUGCUGAUUCUUGUUCUUCUCGCUCGGUAGACCCGUGGAGGCUCCAUCCAUGUCUGCUUACGUGAGUUGAGGAAAGGAAACGAGAAAAUUGAACAAGGAGGUGAGGCUCAUUUAUGAGGUGAAGGUGAAACGGCUUCGGCGGUCCUUUUUGUCUCCUUGGUGUGGGAAAGAAAGACCCAGAUUCCAGAAAGAUUUAACUACGCUUCUCUCAAAUUUAAGGUCUUAUGGAAACUCUGCUCUCUGUCAUGUUCUUGAAUUGAGAUUCUUGGGCAAGAGUUGGUAUCAAUUUGGAGAGCGCUAGUUAAGAGAUUGGUGGGGAAGGGCUCUUUCUGUCUUGGAUAAAUUAUUUUGGAUGAGGGAAUAGGAGAGGAGGAGGUCGGAAUGGAAACAACAGCAGCUCAGAAGAGUCUUGAGAGGGUGAUCUCUCAGAAAGCCUUCCAGAUGAGCAGCUCCACUCCUUGUAAAGUAUGGGUACUGGGCUUCUUCUGUGGUGUCUGCAUCACCUAUUUAUUUCUGGCUUGUCUGACUCCUUUUAGAACAGAAGAGUUUGGAUUAAUUUUUUCGAGGUCCUCAGGAGCAGUUUCUCAGAGUUCGAGCAUGAUAUAUUCCGAUGUUGGUACAGGUGGAAACUAUAGUUUUGCACCCAAUUUUUCUCAAAGAAAAUACAUAUAUUUACCAAAAGAAAAGGGAACUCUAGAUAAUUCUCAAGGAAGCGAAACACAGAGCCAUGAAGAGAGGGUCCUGAUGCUGUACUCAGCUUGGAGUGCUAUACUGGAUGAAGUGGGUAAUAUCUUUGCUCGGGGACUGCAGAGAUCAAACGUGCCUCAAGCUCCUCAUUUGGAAAACUGCAGAUCAAGUGUGGAAACAAAUAGGCGUUUUGACAACCGUGGUGAAAAUGGAAGUCUUCCUCCUUGGACAUUGUGGAAAGGAUUGUUAGGGUUAAAUUUACUUCAGCCAUCAUUGUCAAAAGGUCCAGACCGGAUGCAUUUUGUACGCAGGGCAAAGUCUGAAGGUGCUUAUCCUCCUUGGAUUGUAGGAUCCGAUGAAGAUAACUUUCCACUUACUAGGCAAGUACAGAGAGACAUAUGGAUUCACCAGCAUCCACGAAACUGCAAUGAUCCUAACCUGCGGUUUCUAAUUGCUGAUUGGGAGAGGCUACCAGGAUUCGGUAUGGGGGCCCAACUAGCUGGAAUGGCAGGGAUGCUUGCGAUUGCAGUCAAUGAGAAACGGAUUUUGGUUACAAAUUACUACAAUCGAGCUGAUCAUAGCAGUUGUCAAGGUUCAUCACGGUCGCAUUGGUCUUGCUACUUUUUCCCAGAGACAUCUUUUGAGUGUCAAAAACAUGCCUUUGACCUCCUGAGGAGUCAGGAAGCUUGGAAAAAUGGAAUUAUAACCGUGAAGGAAAACUACACAUCAAAAGAAAUAUGGGCUGGGCGUAUACCAAGAGUAUGGGGUGAUCCAUGGAGUUAUUUGCAACCCACAACUGAUAUAGGUGGAAAUUUACUUACACAUCAUCAUAAAAUGGAUAGAAGGUGGUGGCGAGCACAGGCUAUACGAUAUUUAAUGAGGUUUCAAAGCGAAUAUACAUGUGGUCUCCUGAACAUGGCUCGGCAUAAAGCAUUUGGUUUGCAAGCAGCUAAAAUGGUUGUUGAAAAUCUCCCUGUGGCUUGGCCAAAGGUGGUCAAUAACAGAUCUCAAGCUGACAUCGAGCGAUUUGUAUGGUCUAACCAUAAACCCUGGAUUCCGAGACCGCUUCUAAGCAUGCAUGUGAGGAUGGGAGACAAAGCUUGUGAAAUGACGGUUGUUGGAUUCGAAAAUUACAUGCAACUGGCAGAGCGCAUCCGAGAGCGCUUUCCGGACCUCAACAGCGUAUGGCUCUCCACAGAAAUGCAGGAAUUCAUUGAUAAAUCGAGAUUGUAUCCCCAUUGGAACUUUUACUACACAAAUGUGACACGCCAAAUUGGCAAUAUGACAAUGGCAACAUAUGAGGCAAGUCUUGGCAGAGAGACCAGCACAAACUAUCCCCUCGUCAAUUUUAUGAUGGCAACUGAAGCAGAUUUCUUCAUUGGUGCUUUGGGAUCAACAUGGUGCUACCUCAUAGAUGGCAUGCGGAACACCGGAGGGAAAGUAAUGGCUGGUUAUCUGAGUGUCAACAAAGAUCGGUUUUGGUAGCUCAGGCAAAUUAAGGGAACAAAUGUGGAUAUGUGAAGUCUGUGAUAUCCUCCGUUUUAUUUAUGUAUAGAGCCAUUCUUUUUGGUACCCAUGGUGGGUUAUUGUACAUAAAGAACAGAAGAUAGUGCUUCAUAAAAUCAAUAAAUAUUUUGAGACUUCUUAUGAA